AUGGAAGCACUCAAUUGCAAUCUUGUUUUGAUUUGCGCGACGUUCAUAGCGGCAGCGACGACUACUGCAAUAACUGUUAAUUCGAGUGGGGAUCACCAUAAACACCAGAUCCUAGAAUGGAUACCCAUCGGAUCGCCAUGUAAGGGCUCAGUAUCCGAAUGCUUAGCCGGGGAAGAGUUCGAGCUAGACUCCGAGAUCAGCCGACGCAUGUUGGUAACCACAAGGUACAUAAGCUACGGUGCACUGCAGAGGAACACCGUGCCUUGCUCCCGGCGCGGUGCUUCAUACUACAAUUGCCAACCUAGAGCUCAGGCCAACCCUUACAACCGUGGUUGCAGUCGCAUUACAAGGUGCAGGAGCUGAGCUCUUUUCUUCUUCUAAUUUUAA